CGUGUGGCAGAUCUGGUGGGUUAAGGAUACCAACGUGUUACCGUAAAAGCCCCUCCGAAAUUAACGUAUAGUUGUCCACACACACAUCAAACUGCGUGAAAUCUGAUUCUUACUUGCUACCUUCUUCUUCCUUCUUCCUCGUUCAUCAUCCUCACACUGAGCGAUAGAGAGAGAUCUAUUAUGUGGGCAUUCAUCAAGUUCACGUUUUUGGGGCUUAAACCAUAAAGGGAUAAUCUUUCAUUAAAAAGUUUCGAUUUUUCUGAGAUUUUCUUCACAUUCUCCGAAACGUGGACACAUUUUGAUCUUUUUGGGUGUCAAUAAAAGUUGAAACUUUGAUUGCAUUUUCUCUCAAAAGGUGCAAUUUUUAUUACCCAUCUAGGUGAGGUUUGGAUAAAUUGGUGAGGAAUCCGAAGAAACUGGCGAGAUUACAAGCGAUUCUGAAAUAUCAGAAGCUAUUAAGAGGAACAAGAGGCAUGGCUCCUACAGGGAACGGGCCAGUGAUACCAAUCCUAGGUUUUCUUACAUGUGUGGCUUUUAUCUAUCUCUCGUUUGGUGAUUUGUUGUUCGAUUUCAAAAGGGAGGGCGAGUUAGGAUUCGUGAAACGGAAUGGGACACAGUUUGUGGUCGAUGGUAAGGCUUUGUAUGUGAAUGGUUGGAACUCUUAUUGGUUCAUGGACCAUGCUGUGAAUGAUCAUAGCAGACACCGUGUCGGUGCUAUGCUUGAAGCUGGAGCUAAAAUGGGUCUCACUGUUUGUAGAACAUGGGCUUUUAAUGAUGGAGGCUACAAUGCUCUUCAGAUCUCUCCUGGUAGAUUCGAUGAACGAGUCUUCAAGGCCUUGGAUCAUGUAAUCGCAGAGGCAAAAACACAUGGUGUUAGGUUGCUUCUUAGCUUAGUGAAUAACUUGCAAGCUUAUGGAGGGAAGACUCAGUACGUCAAUUGGGCAUGGCAGGAAGGUGUAGGCCUCAGCUCCUCCAAUGAUUCCUUCUUUUUUGACCCAUCUAUCCGCAGAUACUUCAAGAAUUAUCUGACGGUGCUGCUGACCCGCAAAAACUCUUUAACCGGGAUUGAGUACAGAAACGACCCAACAAUUUUUGCAUGGGAGUUGAUAAACGAGCCUCGCUGCAUGUCUGAUGUCUCUGGGGAUACUCUACAAGACUGGAUUAACGAAAUGACAGCGUUCAUUAAAUCAAUUGACAACAAGCAUCUUCUAACCGUAGGCUUGGAAGGGUUCUACGGUCCCAAUAACCCUAAACGGCUGACAGUUAACCCGGAACGGUGGGCCUCUGAGCUUGGAUCAGAUUUUGUUCGAAACUCUGAUUCGCCAAACAUCGAUUUUGCAUCAGUUCAUAUCUACCCCGACCACUGGUUUCACGAUCAGGGGUUUGAAGAAAAACUCAAGUUUGUGGUGAAAUGGAUGCUAUCUCACAUUGAAGAUGGGGACAAGGAACUGAAGAAGCCUGUUCUGUUCACCGAGUUUGGACUCUCGAAUCUGAACAAGGACUAUGAUCCAUCGCAGCGGGAUCGGUUCUACAGAACCAUCUUUGAUGUUAUUUACAAAUCAGCCAAGCGGAAGCGGUCUGGUGCAGGAACACUGGUAUGGCAGUUUCUGAUAGAAGGCAUGGAAGGUUUCAACGAUGACUUCGGGAUUGUCCCGUGGGAACAAGAUUCCAUUCAGAGAUUGAUGAUUGAACAGUCUUGCAGAUUGAGUCGAGUCACUGGACGCCAUCUUCUUGACAAGAAGUCCAUAGAAAUGUGUUCCCAUAGACCAUGAGAGAAUACAGUUUUUGUUGGAACAAAUUCUCAGGGGCUCCUUAAGCUCUAAAUUUUGUCUCAAAACGUUUAUUUAUGUAGUAAAAGUCAGUAGUACCUGAUUUUCAAA